UAAACCCCGGGAGCAGCAGGAGCAGGUCGGCACAGUAGAAGUUGGUUUACACAGGAACCAGCUGGCUCCCCUCACUGCCACAAUGAACCCAAGGAGGUUCCUCCUGUUCUCUUGCCUCCUGGGUCUCAUCGCUGGAGCCACCUCAAAGCUGCACCAUGUCCUGACUAUCCCAGUAGAGCUGAGCAGUGGUGAGACACAGAAGGCCUGUGUGAACUUACAAGACUAUGAACAAGCAGUUAGCCUCCAUGUUGUUUUGCUGAACAAUGGAGUUGAAACCACUAUCUUUAAAGAAACAGUUCAACCUCCUCGUUACUUUAUGUGCAAAGAGUUUCCAGUUCCGACAGUAGAAUCCGAUACACCUGUCGCUGUGACGCUUUCUGCAAUCAGUGGUGAAGAAAAGGUUUUGGAUCGGAAGACCGUGGUGAUUGUUCCGCAGCAGAAGAGACAAACUGUUACAUUCAUUCAGUUCGACAAACCUAUCUAUAAGCCUGGGAAUAAAGUGCAAUGUCGAUUGAUCACAAUGGAUUCUCUGCUGCACCCAGUAAAUCAGAAGUUCACAGCUGUUUACCUUCAGGAUCCUUCACGGAGUCGCAUAGCCCAGUGGCUAAAUCUGACUGCACAACGUGGUGUGGUGGAACUGUUCUUCCAGCUUAUCAGCGAUGCGGCUCCGGGCACCUACAAUAUCAUUGCUGAGAACACACCAGAUAAAAUUUCUGUCAAAGAAUAUUUUAAAGUGGAGGAAUACAUACCACCUAGAUUCAGCGUCUCUGUGGUUUCCCCUCAUACUUUAUCUGUUUUGGACGAGGCAAUGAAAUUAAAUGUCUCGGCUAUAUACACUUAUGGUCAGCCAGUGCCGGGUACAGUCACAGUAAGGAUCUGCAAACAAAUCUUCUCCUUUGGACAAAGGCAAAACUGCUUAAAAGACAAAUCCGAAAAAUGCUUAAAUACAACUGAGCAGCUGGGCCCUGAUGGAACAUACCAAGCUCAAAUUGAUCUGAACCCUUUAAACAUAGGGCUCUCUGUCUUUCGGUCCUCCCUGUCUGCGGACAUCACAGUGGCCGAGCAAGGCACAGGGGUCCAAGUAAGAGAAAAUCAUCACAUUGGCGUCAGUAGCCAGCUUGCCAGUCUCUCACUUGACUAUGAGUCUCUGCAGAAGUAUUACAAACGGGGGCUACCUUACGUCUUUAGAGUGACAUUGACAAAUGAGAAGGGCCAGCCUCUUGCUAACGAAGAACUGGAUCUGGAAAUUUCUAGCAGUGUUUUUCAGAAAAAAACAGACCAGGCUGGAAAGGCAGAGUUUCAGAUUGAUACCUCCAGCUUUGUGAUGUCCAAUUUCACCUUCAAGGUCAGUUAUCAGAAUCCAGCCCUAUGUUACUAUUCCCAGUGGGAUAACACUGCCUAUCCUUCUGUUGAGCAUCAAGUGCUACGGUUCUACUCGGAGAGUGGCAGCUUCUUGCAGAUUUAUGGCCCAAAGGAGGCACUGAGUUGUUGGAAGAGCUACAGCAUCAACGUGCAGUAUAUUGUGAACUGUGAUAAAGUGGGAGACAAAGCUACUUUCUACUUCUUGGUAAUGUCAAGAGAAAAGAUUGUUCUCUCUGGUGCACAGGAUGUUGAUCUUACUACAUCUAGAAAUGGCUCAAUUUCUAUAAAUAUUGAUGUGGCUUCAGAACUCACUCCUUCUGCAACAGUUAUAGUGUACAGCAUAUUGCAUUCCGAACUUAUAGCAGAUACUGUGACUCUGAAUAUUGAAACCUGUUUCAAGCACCAGGUUUCCCUUAGCUUCUCCCAGGAUCGAGGCCCACCAGCUUCAAAUGUUGACCUGAAACUCUCAGCAGCUCCUGGAGCUCUGUGUGGAGUUAGAGUUAUUGAUUACAGCCUCCUCUUGCUCAAUUCAUAUGAAAGGUUCUCUGCCUCGAGCGUGUACAACUCCAUUCCACAUCUGUCACUCUAUGGGUACAAAGUUGGCAAAUUAGAUUUGGAAGAGCCAAAGCCUCCCUGUGAGAAUCCACAAAGAGCAGUAUUUUACAAUGGGAGCUACUAUAUACCAAUAAGCAGCUAUUCAGAAGGAGACACCUAUGAUAUCUUCAAGCAACUGGGUCUGGUGGUUGCUACUGACUACAGGCUGAGAAAACCAGUUGUCUGCGGGUAUGAAGAAGAGCCUGUUAGGCCUAGAUAUUCAAAGGCAGGUGGCCGUGGUGUUGCGUAUGCCGAAAUGUUGCGCGAGCCUGUUUCUGUGAAUGGAGGUGGAGCAGGAAGCGUUGAAACAGUUCGAAAAGACUUCAGGGAGACCUUUGUGUGGAAAAUGGUGGUCGCUGACUCAGAAGGAAAAUUAACAUUUACAGAGAAAGUCCCAGACACAAUCACCGAGUGGAAAGGCUCCAUGUUCUGUCUUUCUGAGGAGCAAGGAUUUGGAAUGACUACAUACAUGGCCAACUUCACAUCAUUCCUGCCAUUCUUUGUGGAACCUUCAUUGCCUUAUUCCUUCACUAGAGGAGAGACCCUGGUUCUGAGGGCAUUUGUGUCCAACUACUUGCAGCAAUGCAUCACGAUCAGCGUAACCCUGGAAGAAUCUGCUGAUUUUGACGCUGCGCCCCAGGACGUGCAACAGAAUAAAUGUAUCUGUGCAGGCGGCAGAGCCACUUAUUCAUGGAAUGUAGAUGCUAAGUCAUUAGGUGAGAUCAGCUUUACCUUAUCUGCUGAGACAACUCACAUUGGAGACACUUGUGAGGGACCCAACGACCCAUCCCAGCCAUUCCGCAAGGAUACAGUGAUCAAAACGGUUCUGGUGGAGGCUGAGGGUAUUAGAAGAGAAGUGACCUCCAGCAAUCUUGUCUGUGUGGAGGGUUCUAAUGCUGAAAUACCCGUCAGUAUUACUCCCCCAGAUAAUGUAGUGUCAGGCUCAGCUGAUGGCUUUAUCGUUGCCCUGGGUGAUGUUAUUGGUCUACCUCUGAGUAAUCUCCAGAAUCUGCUCCAGAUGCCCUAUGGGUGCGGUGAACAGAACCUUGCCCGUUUGGCACCCAUUCCAGAUGUUCUAGAAUAUCUCAACAACACAGGACAGUUGACUGCUGAAAUUCUUCAGAUGGGGAUUAAAUACAUGACUGAAGGCUAUUACCGGCAGACAAGAUAUAAACUGUGGAAUGGAGCCUAUAGUACAUUUUGGGGCUGGGCUGCUCAGGCAAAUUCUUGGCUCACUGCUUACACCUUUAAAACACUAGAAAAAUGUAAGAAGCAUAUUUUUAUUGAUCAACAAAUUCAGAAGCAAACAUUAAUUUACUUGGAACAGAGGCAAAUUCUGAAAACUGGCUGCUUUAUGCCAGAGGGGCAUCUGUUCAUAAAGGAGGAUGAGAAAGAUAAGGAAGCAAUUAGCGUUCGGUACACGGCUUUCCUUGCUAUUGCUCUUCUAGAAUCUAACUAUAGCCUUGGGAAUGCCUUGCUGGGUGGUGCUAUGGCGUGCCUGAGGGAUGCCUCUAACCGUGAGCAAAAGAUGAUCAAUAAGGCCCUCAUGCUCUAUGCCUUUACCUUAGCUGGGGAUGAGGAACAUAGGGCAUGUCUGCUGGUGGCAGUGAAGCAAAAGGCUGUUUCUGAAGGAGGUAACUUGCACUGGGAGCGUGAAAGUACAACUGGAAAUGUGGCAGUUCCUUUCUUUUACCCUCGUCAUGCAGCAGCUAAUGUGGAAAUGACAGCCUACAUCUUACUUAGUACUGCAAAGGCUCCCAUUAUAACCAGUGAUGACCUGUCCUACAUGGCUCAAAUAGCAGUUUGGCUUAUCCGCCAGCAGAACUCAUACGGAGGCUUCAGAUCAACUCAGGACACAGUGGUGGCAAUACAGGCCCUUGUUGCUUAUGGUCGUUUGAUAUAUAAACCUAAUGCCAAUCACAAGUUGGCCAUCAGAAGUGGCAAUGGAGACGUUGGACAGUUGACAUUGGAUCAAAGUAACAGGCUCCUAGUACAGAGGCAGCCACUUCCUCAAGUCCCUGGGGAAUAUGCCAUUGGUGUCAAUGGCACAGGAUGCUGUUUGAUACAGAGUACUGUACGAUACAACAUCCCGGUGCCAGAAGAAAAAUCUGCUUUCUUAGUGUAUGCAACAUCCUCUGGAAACUGCCUGAAUGGAGUAGCAAUUCUAAUUGAUCUCACCCUCAGAAUCAGUUACCUAGGCAGCCGAAAUGCGACCAGCACGGUGAUCAUUGAUAUUAAAUUGCUUUCUGGGUACAAGGCAGAUUACAUGUCCCUAAAUGAGCUGUGGAAUGCAAAAUUAAUUGCCAGAUUUGAAGAGAGGAACAAUCAUGUUAUUCUGUACCUUAACUCUCUUUCCAGUAAACCAAUUGACCUCACUUUCAAGAUGCAGAUGGGUAACCGGGUGUUGAAUGUGAUGGGCAGCUCAAUUUAUGUUUAUGACUACUAUGAAGCAGAUGAAAAUGGCUAUGCAACAUAUAGACACCCCUGCCCAGUGGUGCAAUAAAGAAUAUUGCUGCCUUCCCUGUGUGAACACAUGUAAUGCCAAGAGUCUCAUGUUCCUAGAACCACCAGAAAGCUGUGCUUGAGCUCAAGAAUUAUCAUCUAAUGUCUCUUCGUGCCCUUUAAACCCACAAAGAAAUAGAUGACUCCCUGCCUGGUCCAAAGAAAAUAGCAUUUACUUUUCUUAUCAUACGUUCAUCUUACAUUCCUUGCCUUUAACUAGUAUUUUUUUAAUUUAUGGGCUGUGCAAACAUGUUCUGAAACCUCUGCAGAAUCAAUCUUGUUCUUUACUUCACAAUUCACAAAGUACUUUUGGGGAUACUUCCUUUGCACUCAGCACUCUAUUGAUUCCUCCAGUUCUGGUUGUAUAAAUAUCUUAAUCAAAUAGAAAAUAAAGUGAUGUUCACACCCUC